CAGGAGCUGCCCGCCACACAUCCAGCCGUGGCAGCAGCCGCAGCCAAAACCCUCGCGUGUUCAGAAGUUUGCUAAAGUGAAGUUUCUGAACCUACCUCUAGCCCAGCGGGCUCAGUAACGUGUUAUUACCGUCAUUUAAGUAUAUCUAAUUGACUUUACACAGAUGAUGCUCCCAAAGCCUGUAUGAUAAUUCCCUGUCACCCAAAGAGGAGGCACAUUGGGGCCCGUAUAGAAGAGGAAGGGGAGCGGGAGGACACGAGCUUCCUACUGCCCCUCUGGCAGAGGUCCCCGGCGCGUGGCGCAGCUGCAACGCCAGCAAAGGGCUAGUUUGCAGAAAGCACGCGAGACGGAGAGCUGCCCCGAGGCUCUCGGAGCCCAGGAGGAAGAGGAGCAGCGCCAGCAUGGAAAAGGACAGCACAACCCUGACUGACCAGCAGUAUGAGUGUGUGGCUGAGAUUGGGGAAGGAGCCUACGGGAAGGUCUUCAAAGCCCGAGACUUGAAGAACGGAGGUCGCUUUGUUGCGCUGAAGCGGGUGCGGGUGCAGACCAGCGAGGAGGGGAUGCCCCUGUCCACCAUCCGGGAGGUGGCAGUUCUGAGGCACCUGGAGACGUUCGAGCACCCCAACGUGGUCAGGCUGUUUGAUGUGUGCACCGUGUCCCGGACCGACAGAGAGACCAAGCUAACGUUAGUGUUUGAACACGUGGAUCAAGACUUGACGACUUACUUGGACAAAGUUCCAGAGCCUGGAGUGCCUACUGAAACUAUAAAGGAUAUGAUGCUUCAGCUGUUUCGGGGACUGGAUUUUCUGCAUUCACAUCGUGUGGUGCAUCGGGACCUGAAACCCCAGAAUAUCCUUGUAACCAGCAACGGGCAAAUAAAGUUGGCUGACUUUGGCCUUGCACGAAUCUACAGUUUUCAGAUGGCUCUUACCUCAGUGGUUGUUACUCUGUGGUAUAGAGCUCCUGAAGUUCUGCUUCAGUCCAGCUAUGCAACACCAGUCGAUCUUUGGAGCGUGGGCUGCAUAUUUGCAGAAAUGUUCCGUCGAAAACCACUCUUCCGUGGAAAUUCAGAUGUUGACCAGCUAGGAAAAAUCUUUGAUGUAAUUGGACUCCCAGAAGAAGAGGACUGGCCUAAUGACGUUGCCCUUCCAAGAAAUGCUUUCACUUCCAGACCUGCGCAACCUAUUGAAAAAUUUGUACCAGAUAUUGAUGAACUGGGCAAGGACUUGCUUCUUAAAUGCUUAGCAUUCAAUCCAGCCAAGAGAAUAUCUGCCUAUGUUGCGCUCUCUCACCCAUAUUUCCAUGAUCUGGAGAAGUGCAAGGAGAACCUGGACUCUCACAUGUCCUCCAGCCAAAACCCCAGUGAGGUGAACGCAUCGUAAUGCUGACUGAAGAUGAACCACAAACGAACACAACGUGUAGCUGACAAGGCCACUGUCCCAUACGAGCCCCAUAGCUGUUCUAGCGAAGAUCAUUAUUUGGAGGUUUUACGCACUUAUCUUUUAUUUUGGGAUUGUGAUGUUCUUUUCCAAGGAAAUGAAUCUAGUUUACUUUCAUCCGAGCAACAGAAGGGCCAGGGCUCUGACCUGCUCCCAUUGCAGCUUUAUGUUUGUUUUGGGUUUGUUUUGUUUAUCUACCUGGGAAAACGCCAGAUGAAGAGAAGCUGCUGACCGGUUUUGCUGCCAUUUUAUCCUUUUAAUAUUGAAUGCUGCCAGUGUGGACUAGGACGGCCGAGUCACUGCCAAAACAUGACGCAAUCUCUCUAGCUGCUGAAGCAUGAUUUGGUACUUUUUUAUUAUUAUUAUGUGAUCUCUUACAGUGAUAUUUAAAGAAUGGCAUUGAAAUAUCAGAUCUCUGCGACCUGCAGUUAACUGAUAUGUGCAUUAAUAUAUCCAGCUACUGUUCAUUCAUAGCAUAUGUGCGGGUGCUUCCCCACUUGAAAACUUGGAUGGAUUAUUUUAUCAUUUCAUUGCUCUAUAAAAAUAACAGUGAUGAUGGUGAUCAUAAUAAAUCUCUCAACUUUUAGGGUUUUUUCAUACACAAACAAAUUACUAUCUAGUAGUUUGUGUGCGUGUUGCAAAACACAAGUGUUUUAAAAAACUUGUAGAGUCCUGUUCUUAAAGACUCUUUCAAUUUCCAAAUGGUUGGUUUGUGUUGAAAUCCAGGCACAUUCUAGCCCAUCAUCUAACCCAUCUUUCCCCCUGGAAACAGCUGCAUGCACAUUUUCUUUAUCUCAUUCCAGAUUUUCUGAUAUGCAGCUCAAAGACGUGAGCACAGCCAAUGCAAAUCAAUACAGACUUUUGCCUUCAACCUGUUUUUAUUAGCAGCCAAAAAGGAAAACAGAAAAACUAUUUCCAGUUCAGAAGCAGAGACUCCUGUACCUGUAAUAAGCACAGAUAGGUAUUUGUGCUGAAUUGUACGCUGCAUACUGUGCUGCCUUACCUGCAACACCCCUGUGCAUCACCAGAGCAUGAACAUCACUGUCACAGAACCCCUCAGAUGUCAUUUAUUGAGCAGACUUGUUUUCUAUGCAGAAAUGCAUGAGCUUCUCUCCUAAACCACCAUGUGGGUAUCUUGGCACGUGCUUCUCCACUAGGAUUAAUGUGCCAUUAUUGAAUGUCAAAAUAACUAAGCAAUUCACAAUGCCUUUUAUAGCACAGUUAUUUUAAAUAUUACAUUAAAAUUUUAUAUUUAGUAUUUUUACCUUAACUAAAAUAUAUUUUCAGUGUUUUUAAAAGAAGCUUUUAUUUUUUUAAUACUGUACCGGGAAAAAAGAAAUAUUUUAAAUCCAUAAAAGCUGUUCCCUAGCAUGACUUUAGUGCAUUUACCUGGAUAUAACUUGGGGGAAAAUAUUGGUCCAACGAGUUAGCCCUUACGGUAAACCCCUAAAUGGACACUAUUGUGGUGUGAGUGAUGUUGAGGGAAGCAGCUGGCUUUGCUCACUCCUGCCACAGAUCCUCAGGCUGCUCUCUUCUUCACCUCUCUUCCCCCUGCCUAGCUGGUGAGCCAGCAUCGUAACCUCACUCACAGCAUGCCUGGCAGAAGCAGGUCCUUAGCCAUGAUGUGAGCAAGAUGAUUUUUCCAGCUGUGGCCUGGGAGCCACAGCCGCCUCCCCGGCAGGUCUCCGGCCCCGACACGGAGUGGCUGUGGUGAGCAUCACCGUUACCCGCCUGUCGCACACCCGCGCUGGCUGGGACACGGCCCGUAGCUGGGACAGCCGGUGGGUCUACCUGGCUCUUGGGUAAAGCUUUUGUUACUGUUAGACACUUAACUGUGCCGCCUAUGGUUCAAUUCGGUCUGUUGUAAGCCAGCCAGGCUGUCAAAGGGGGCUGCGCAGGGCGAUGCUGUGCAGAGCCUGACCCCUGAGCAGCACGCUGCCGGGGGUGUCCCCGCACAGCCACACUGCACACCCGCAGCACGGGAGCUGGGGAGGCUCUACCAGCCGGGGGCUGAGGGCCAGGGAAUGGUCACGGCAGCUUAACCCUCUUCUCCUGGCCUUGCCUCGGCCAAAUCUGCUCCUGCAUCCACAGGAGCUGCACACUCAGUGCCCCGGUGCCAUCCCAGCCUUGCUCCUCCCUGCUCCAUGGACCUGAGCGUGAGGAGGUUUGAACAUUCAGAGAAAAAGAAGGGCCCGAGUGCAAUUUUUGCUAGCCAUUUUUAAACACUACAACAAACAGACCCAAAAUUCAGGACAAUCUCAUGACAGCAACAAAUAGAAAAGUUUUUUACAGUUUUUUUUUAAAAAACAUUUUGCCCAGUGCCACAGUACUGUACAGGCUUUAUCGGGGCGUUCGGCUGGCGUGGCUUUCCAGCGGCUGUCCGGGAGCUCUCCCAGGGCUCUUCAACAACCAACACUGGGUGGAAACAUAGGAGAGGAGAGGGUAUUUUCAAAUUAGGCUCAAAACUCUCCAACAGAGAUAUGCAUCUGUUCCGUGUUAGAAGAGCUUGUUGUACUAAGCUUAGCGAAGUGAAGGAGUGAAGGCUAGAAGAGAAUUCGAUUGCUGAAUUAUGGCUCGUUAUUAGGGUAGAACGCAAAAGAGAGAAGAGAACACUUAAAGCCACAGGUUAGUGUUGGCCCAAAAGCUGAUGAGAAUAUGGAAAUCACACCUAACUAGUAAGCUAAAUACUGUAGCAGGAUUUCCCAACCUGCAGUAGCAGAAGAGCUCAGAUGAGCCGCAGAGAAAAGCAGGGGCUGGCUUGUGGAGUGAGAGCUUCUGCCACAUGGUGCUGGACCUUGUCUAAUAUAGGAUCAGGGCAGAAAUGGGGGUAUUCAGGAGAACAGCUUGAGAAGGGCUGCAUUAACGGUCAUCUUCUGGAACAGCCUUCCACUGGGAAUGGCAGGAACAAAAAAAAAAAAAUCUAAGUUCUGUCUUGGGGAAAAGAUUAAUCUAGUGGUGUCCUUGUAGUAGCAAGGGCCUAGGUUCAAAGGACCAAUGACUUUUCAAAUUACUUGCUUCUCAAAAUCUCUUUAGGAAGAAAUUCCAUUUUAGGUGCCAUAGGCCUACUCUUACUCCAGUCUUCCCUGCCCAGCUGUGAGACAUCCCUUACCCUGGCAAACUGAGGAAGCCUGUUCUCUGGCAGGGAAAGCGUUGGCACUGCCUAAACUCAUGCCAGGAAUGAUGCUUGUAAUUAGACAGUACAGAUAACGGUGGGACUGUGCUCAAGCCCAUGCCUUUGCUCUUUUAAUUUUACUGCCAUAGCUCUAGUAAUUGCAGACCUUCACUCAUUACUGCCAUAUGUGUAGGCUGUAGGAAUUGUAUAUGUGACAAAGAAAGUGCUCCUUGACACACGUAUGUGUGGUGAAACUCUUCAUACACCCUUUAAAUAGGACUUCAGAGUGCAAUUCUUAGGAAUCCCUAUGCCUGUGUGUGUUCUAUAGGAGCAGUUCAACAGCAGCUAAAAACCACUGAAAAACAGAAACUAUAUUCAAAAUAAGUAUAGAUGUUUAGCUCCUGGAGCACCCACUAGACACUGUGCUCUUCUCAGCAGAGAACAGGCUGUUCUAUGGAAUGGAAGGAGCAAUUGCUGUCUCCCACCAGCCUGUUUUUUAUCACCCUUCAUAAUUCUGCAGGAAAACCAGACCCAAAAUAGCCAAGGAAAGAACUCACCAAGGCCAGCUAGUGAAGUGCUACGUGCUGACCCACAACAAUGCCUCUGCAGCAGCCCUCUUCUCCCGUCACCCUGUCUCCACGCUCGCCCCAACUCUCCAGUUCUUCUCCUUCAGCUCCCUCUUGGAAACAGGUUUCAGUGAUGCUCACAGGUGCUAUUUCCAACAAGAUUCUUCCAAAUUUUCCAUAGCUACAGUGUCAGUUUCCCCUGCAUCCCUAUUACCCUGUGUUGCUUCUUUUAGUCCAGCAGCCCAUAACCAAUGAUUAAAAAAGAACCUCUUUGUGCACCUCCUCGCUCACCCUUAGUUUUGCAUAGACCUCUGUUGCCUUCUGUGUGCUGAGUAAAACUCUGGAGAUAGGGUUUGUGCAUGUUUCUAUGUAGGCUGUGCCCACACUCCAGGGUCCUUUCAGCCUAUUAAUCCACAUGGUAAAUGUUAGAGUACCUUUCUCUGUUGUUUCUAUCCUAAAACACACCAAAAAAUGAGGACAUAGUGUUUGCAAAGUACUGAAAUUUGGUGCUAUGUGUACAGAGCCUUUACUUUAUGCAGAGCCUUUUAGGGUGAAAGGAAGGAGUAAGUGGUAGCCUUUGAGCAUCUUCUGCUUGGGGGCUGGUAUGCAGCAGCCUAACUCUCACCUGGCUUUUACACACAAUGGUUGUUUUGGUGACUAAGAAGACAAUACUGUGCUGUGCUACUUUUCACAGGUUCACUCACUGUCUUUGGGAAGCAUGUUUUAUUAGAGAUGUAAUUGUCUCUGCUGUUAGCUGUCAGGCCAACUUUAAUAUGGAAAACAGAGAGAAAAGGUGCUGAUUUGGUCUUUUAGCCAACAAACUUGGAGCACUUAUCUGACUCACAACUGAAAACACAUCAGUUGUCAAAUAUGUAUAUGAAUCAUAAACCACACAGUUUGGUUUAAAAGGCCACAUAAAUUAAUUACGUUCUGUGUAUAAAACACAGCUGAAUAAUAAGGAAGUUUCUUCCAAGAACUCUGUUUUAUAGAACCACUUUGCUAGUAUUUUUCCUAUGCAUUAGUUUCAGGAAUAGACGGAUUUUUAUAUACAAUGUGAAUUAGAAGACAGUAGGCUGUUAGAGAGAUUUUGUUGUGUUGUGCUUGAAGCUUGAGUUGAUCACCCCCUUAGGAACCUAACGUAUUUAUUGCUACAAAACUGCUUCUUAACAUCAGGAUCUUUUUUGAUGUUAACGGGAUUUCACUCUUAACGUGUAAAUUGCUUUCUUGAGAUUAGUGUGUUAGAAAAAACAUUUUUCCAAACUGCAAUUAAGAAAUAGAUUUUUACUUUCACAGAGAAUAAUAUUAUAUGCUGAAAUCUUUAGUAACUGACCGCUAAUAAGCUAUCACUUUUACUUCCUUUUGGUUACUAGGUAUUGGACUAUACAGAUUACUUUCCAUGAAGAAAAAAAUCAGAAACAAUCUCUAGAAAAGUAAAUGAAAUUUUAUAUGUUUAACCUUCUGAGUUUCACUUUCACAUGUACACAAGUACAGUUCAGGUGUGCAAAAAUACAACUACGAUUUCAACAGUCUAACAGGCUGUACAACUCAAAUAGGAGUUUUAUUUGUGAGCUAUUUAUUUUAUUAUAUCUCUUUGUUUUGCAAAUUAUUAGAUAAUGGUUAUAAUAUAAUUCUAGUUUCUGGAUGAGACUCUGUAACCAUCAAAUCCCAGUAAUUUAUGUAAAACAGUAAGAACCUUUAUCAUCAAUUUAAAUUAACUAGGCCAUUAAGAAAGAUGCAGACAUGUGAACUGACAGGGAUACUUUUGCCAAGUGUUAUUUCUUCUCUUUAGUCUGAAGCUCAGCAAGUGUCACAUACUGAUAUGCAAUAUAUGCACAAUAUAAGAACCAUGAAAACACUUAGGAGUAGUGUGCACAGAUAAUAUGAAAAAUGGCUCAUUAGGUUCUUGCAGAAACCAGAUAAAAAUCAUUCUUUUAGCUGUAACAGUCAUAAUUUUGAAACUGAUAUAUUUUUCCAUUAAAAAAUAUUCCUGAAAAAUUACAUACAUGUUUUUAAUUCAGACAGUGUUAGGCACCCCAGCAGUUCUGAGUCGAAUAGGAACUUGUUCCCAAUAUGGAUUCUGCAAGGCCAGUAGGAACCAUUGGUUCUUUCUGCGUUCAGCAGCAGCUGGAAUCAGCCAGCACCUUGCUCUGUGGAGCCUCCUGCUCUCUGGGCAGAAAAGCCCAAGGCCGCUGUGAGUCAAGUUGGUGGAAAACUUGCUUUGACUUAACUGAAGUCCUUUGAGAGCUUCUGCAAUAUCCCAAUUUCCAGCUGUCACUGAAAGACUGCGCAGCCCAGCAAAGACAAACCAAAACCUGGGCAUUGUUUCCUUCAGAUUAAAUGUUUUAGCUGUGUUAGAAUAUACUGGUGGGCUUCAUCCAGCCCAGUGCCAGGGAGACUUUUACGUGGCUGGAGAUAGUUGGAAGAGAUUCUGCUGUGGAUACUUUGAUACUGGGUGAUUGUGGUAGAGUCUUUUGUUUCCAAAAAAAAAGGUCAGACAAAAGAUAUUGCCUUCUUUUUAAAAAAGCAAACAACUGACACUUAGUAAAGAUUAAAAAGGAGAUUUUAAGGAACUAUUGGGAAAAUGUUGUUGGGAUAAGGAGUGUAUUUAUAAUAUGAAAAAUGUAAAUACAAACAAUGUGUAUUAAAUAUGCAUUGAAACCGAUACUUCCUCACUGAUCUCACAAAGUUGAUAGGUUUCUAUGGGAGAAAAGAAUCCAAGUAUGAACUUGUUCUAACUACCAUUUUAAUGGUCUUUUGCACUAAAGCAACCUGUACGAUUGGACUGAAAGGAGGGAAAGCAGGUAAUGUUUAACUUGUGAUUUACUUCAGCAAUGGAUAUGCUGUAAAGCUCUCAAGCUUGCUCUCCGUAUCUGAGCGAGCUAAUCCACACUAUUUAGCUGUCUGCACCUUAAACCCAUCCAUGUGCCAGAAAAAAACACCUUUUCUAGUGUUUACAUGGACAUUUGCUCCCAUUGACAUGCUGAUGUUAAACCCAGCCAGAGCACUGUGUGAUGGAAAAUGAAUUUUUACAGACUGCCAGCUUCCUUUGUGCAAUCACCCCUAAAGAGUUUGUAAUUAACAUUCUACUUUAUGCAGCCUUUCCUCUUAUUCCACAUUUCAUACCUCUCUCAUGUUAUGCAAAUGCUUAGCCUUCUUUAAAAAAGAAAAAAGCAGUUCUUGAGUGUUAGGAUCAGUUUGGAGUAAGCCAGAUGAGGGAGGAAAAUUGUGAAGUGCUGCAAAGAUAGGAAAAAUGGGCAGAGAUUGGGAGAGUUCAGGACAAUUUUGGCAAGUGCAUUUGACUAGUGGAAAAGUGACGUACGAGUGUAGGAGGAAGACUUGUUUUUCCACAUGCUUAGUUUUCUCCUGUCGUUUACUUUCAUAAGCCUGAGAUGAUAAAGCAAGACUCUUGCACGGGAUGUUAGUUCCAGAUACUUAUUACACCAACUCAAGCCAUGAGUUCUAGUGCAGUUUUUCAGCAUAGCAACAGCUCUAUUUUUUAAAUCAGAUGUUGCAGAAGUGAGACUUUUUUUCUGUGCAGAUAUAAAAGAAGAAAAAGUCUUAUGAGAGGCUGAGAGCAGAUUAACCUGGGUACUCGGGCACUGCCUGUAGUGCGGCUGGGACCUGGGGCGUGCACAGCUCUGAGGCAGCAGGGUCACCAGCAGUGCCCACCAACGUGCGACGGUGUGCGCUGGGAGCUGAGCCCUUCGCCAACCCAGCGCGGGGCGGGCUUGAGCACUUGGAUUUUGGUAAGAUUAUCCACACGCAAGUUUUGUUGGACGAGUCCAGGUGGUUCACCAUCUUAUGGGAGCAAGUCUUAGAGUCUGUCUGACACCCCGUGUAAUGCUGCAGAACCAGCCUCCACGGGAAGAACGCUUUUUGGUAGGUUGUACAGCGGGAACGGCGCUGUCUGAGCUGCGGCGCCAACCUGAGACCUACCAUUCACUGUUACUAUGCCACCUCCAAAAAUACAGAAUGUAAGGCCUGUGUAGCAUUUUGCUGUGUCCAGCCCAUGUGUGAGGGCAGCUGGGUGAACGCUGGCCCGGAGUGGGUAAUUUAAUCUUCCCUCAGGAGUGAGGCAGUAGGCACUGCGGUGUCAGGAGGGACUGCAAAGACUCAUCCACCCUUCCCUUCUUCUCCCGGGAUGUCUGGCAACCCAGUGUUUUUCCAGUGUUGCUUUGGUUUGAUGAGUUUUAUUUCACCUCCACCACCACCAUUCUCCUUCCCACAGCGCAUAACAAGCCGGAUGGAAAGGCGUUACCCGGGUUUGCCAGCAGAGCCGGCCAGCACUGCUGGAAAUGGCCAUCACUCUCUGGUGGCCAAUAGUAAAUGAAUCGGUUGUCUCUGUUUAGAUUCCAACAAAUUAGCAGUCAAUAUCCAUGACACCCUCCUUGCGUUCAGUGCUGAUAAAUAACCUCCCUGCCAUUCGCCACAGUGCCCAGAAUCUCUAUUCCUGGAGAUUGAAACCCCAUCCCACAAGCGGUGGGUCACUGCAGUGUGGGCAGAAGCUGGUCACUGUCUGGUGGUGCUUUUUGGUGAGGAACAAGGGCCAGUUCCAACAGAGACGGCCUGAAAGAGUGUGGAGGACUCAGCCAGGCACCUUUCACAGGCAAGGUGGCCACUUCUGCUGAAGCGAGAAAGUUUAAAAUACUCAAGAUAGAGGGAAUAUAAAGAUGACGUUUAUUUUUCUCAUAGAAUCUGUGUUAUACAGAAAGGUCUAUGAUUUUGGCACUGAAACCAAGCCCAGAGGAACCCAUUUAUUCUUCCCUUUCAGUCUUUAAUUUCUUUGUAAAUUCUUUUCAAGCUUUCGGAUUAAUGUAUUUAUGGUCCGUUUUAUUCCAAUUCUUUUAAGCGGUCUCUAUCUGCCAUUGAAUCUUGUAUGGGUUUUAUUUUUAAUGUAGUAUUUACCUGCAUUACUUUGAACAGCCUUAAAAGUAUAAUGUCUUUGAAUGCUCUAGUUAAAGAGAAAUUAUACUCUCAAAAUGAUGUCUUAGGAGGUGGGAAAUUAUGUUUAUGUUAUAACCCCGAAAGCAUCACCGGGUGCUUUCACCUGCGUGUCUGUCUUUGUGUGGCAGAGCGUGUUUGUGUGUCCUCGCUGUCCUGAUGCCCUGGGGUCUGCAGAGGGGUGAGGGCUGUGUCCCCCCGGCAGCCCCACCACGCCGAGAGGGGCUGCCCUCCGUAGGGCCCCCCCAGAGGUCUCUGCAGAGAAAGGCUUUCCUGUGCCACUGCCCGCAGCGGUGAGGACACGGCGAGGACACGGGGUUAAUGCCAGCACCAGGACACCGGCAAUCGGGGUCAGUGUUUAUUGAAGAUGUGGGCGCAUUUAUCUGUAGGUUAUCUGACAUGCACCUAAAUUAUUGCUAUUAUAAAUCAGUAUAUUAUUUCUUAUGAAAACACACUAGGCCUGUGAAAUGGUAGUUGCCAGAAAACAUGUUGAGUCGCUGCUUUAUUGUUUGUUUGCAUGUAGGAUAUGUUUGGGUUGUUGAAGUGAAGGUAGUUCCAGAGAGAGGCAGAAAGGAAGAUCAGCACAAACCAAUUAUAAAUAAGCUUGGUACUGUACCUUGAGUUGUGCAACUAGAGUAGUAGGUGUGCUCAGAUGUAGGAUUUUUUAUGCUUUAGGGUAUUUUUAUUUGUUUUAAUAUGUAAAGAAAUAAGUAGAUUACUUUGAAAUGCUAUUGUAGAGCUGAUUUUACACGUGGCGGGGGAAUGUUGUCUGAAGAAUUAAAACUAGAAUACCUUACCCAGGCUGCCUCCAGCCCUGCUGUGCUUGUAGCCGGCCCAGCAGGUUCCUCUGCACUUUGCCUUGUGCAGCCUCUUGUGACUGCAGAAGGUUGUUUGCAGUGAUAAAGUUGCCCACCUGGGCUUUAACUGAGACUGUUGGCUAAACAGAAGCAUAAAGGCAGCAAAUUUAGGUAUUUUUUGGUGCAUGGACAAUUGCAUUAAAUAGGAUCGGGGUUUCAAAGUAUUUGAAAUCAUUCAGCAUCAUUUACUCCCGUUUUAACUCCACUGACUACAGUUAAAUUGAACCAAGAAUUUGACCUUGUGAGUCUACAAAUUUCAGUGUCGGGCAGCUCAGGUCUAUAUAUAGUUAAGCUUAGGAAAUCAGCAAGAAUACUAUAUAAAUGGUAAUGUCUGGUAAAAAUCUUAACCCUAGUAACAUUGUUUCUCUCGAAAUUUCUAUUCAUUACUUUUUUUUAUACAAAAGUUCAGAAGUGCACUUCUUGGUGGCGUUGGGAAAGGUGGAGAAAAGCAGCUGCUGGUGGAGAAAUGUAUGGGAUCCCGCUGCUCCUGCCGCAGGCUCGCACCCGCGGAGCCCGGCGGGAGACAGGGCUGGGGGCAGCUUCUUCCCAGCUCUCACGGGAUACUGGCUUCAGAGUCUGCACCAUGAGUCACCUUCUCAAAAGGCAUUAUUAAAACUUGGGCUUUCAGGUCUAUAGAAUACUAUGAACAGUGAGGACAGCUUCUGAGACACAUCCAGAGUAACGUCAUUAAUCCAUAUGAUGUCCGACCAAUAUCCAUUAGCGAAUCAAAAUCUGUCUGGGAACCUGUAUUUCUCAGUAUGAUUUUACAAAAAAUAACAUGAAAAACAUUCAGAAAGUUAAAACAGCCUCUAAUGCUGUUUGGCUUUCUUUUUCCCUUCCACCCCUCUUUUGUAACAAAAUAUCAUUUGCUCUGGAGGUGUCUGGGAUUCGAUAAUUCCAGGAAAACAGGCAAAGCAGUUUCAAGUGUAUUUUUUUCCAUUCAGCUUAGGGCAUACACUCAGCUGGUGGCAAUCAGCCCAGUCCUGUUGGCUGCUCCGGCUCGGUGCGGGUGCGUGCCCGCGGCGGGGGUCUGGCACCCCACGGGGCUGCGGGGUCUGUCCCACUGCCCGGUGCCACCCCCGCCUGCGCACAGGGCGCCAUUCACUGUAUCACCUCAUACUUGAAAUUCACCAUGUUCUUCUAAUCAGGGUACUAAGAUGAAAAGGUGCGUGUGUUACUGUUUCUUUAUAAAGGUGCGUCAUUUGUUUUUAUUCUGUGUGCUUCAUAGUUACUGCUCAGUGUUCCUUACCUUCUGUGCCUUCAGCAGUAAAGCCACCCCUGUGUGAGACGCAGCAUCACCUGCAGAGGCACAGGAAAACCUAACAGGGAUUUCUUCAGUUGUUGCUCAAAGAUACUGGUUUACCUUUCAGUUGUCAGUGUGACAUCAAGGGGCAGUCAGUGUGACAACAACGUGCCAGCUGUGGCAGGUAAAGGCACGGCAGCCUUGCUGUUGGCAGCCUCUCUCCUCUCCUGACCCGGCUGCCACACACGCCUUGCAAAGAAACCCCUUUCUGCUGCAGAGAACAAGCGGCUGGGAGAUAACGCAGACCCUCUGGGAGCUCCACAGCCCCCCUGGCAAGCUCCCGGUCCCGCCUGCCCCCCACGGGGCUCUGGCUGUGACAGCCCCUGGGACGGGGCAGCGAGCCCACCACAUGCCGUGUCACGUGCCCGUGGGCUUUUGCAGGUGCGUAAGGGUGGCUGACUGCAAAAACAACCGGGGGCCAAUACAGCCACCUCAAACCCAGGCGCACGGGAGGUGAUCCAUAUUGUAUUGUAUCAGAACUACAGUCCUUUGGAACUGAACGUUUUGCUGCUGGCAGUGCAAGAAAAGCAAAGUUCUGUAUUUAUUGUUGGGUGCUGAGGGUUCAGUAUGAAAAUCAAUGUAAUAAAAAUUUUCACGGUGUCAA